UCUCAGUUAUCGAUAACCAUGGACGCGGGCACCAAAAUCUUAGUUGUGGGCGAUGUGCGCGGUCGCUUCAAGCAACUCUUCCAGCGCGUGGAGCAGGUGAACAAAAAGGCGGGACCUUUUGAAAUCCUAUGCUGUGUGGGUGACUUUUUCGGCGAGGACAAACAAAACGAGGAGCUAAUAGCUUACAAAAAUGGAUUCAAACAUAUUACCGUGCCCACCUAUAUCCUUGGCCCCAACUCGAAGGAUCAUAGGAAAUACUUUGAAAAUCUGGCCGAUGGUGAAAUCUGCACCAAUCUUACAUACCUCGGCCGACGUGGAGUCUACACUCUGAGCAGUGGUGUCAAAAUAGCCUACUUAAGUGGCUUGGAGGCAGCGGGCACUGCGGAUUCCUCUGGCUCGGAGCACGAGUUCAACAAAGCCGAUGUCAUUGCCGUAAGGAACUCCUGUUUGGUGUCCAAAAACUGUUCUACGGAGUACCGAGGAGUAGAUGUGCUGCUCACUUCCCAGUGGCCAUUCGGCAUGCAGGAGAAGGAAAACGCCACUGCCUCUAAGUUGGUGUCAUUUCUGUGCCGUGAGAUAAAGCCACGGUACCACUUCUGCGCCAUCAAUGGAACCCACUACGAAAGCGCUCCUUUUCGGAUGCCCAAGGACGAGACCACGCAGUUUGAGCUGUGCACUCGCUUUAUUUCUCUUGCGGAAGUGGGAAAUGCAGAAAAGGCCAAGUACAUUUACGCACUCAGUCUUAAGCCAGUGGACAAGUCUCGUCUACUGGACCUGGUGCAGAAGACCACCAACGAAAUCCCUUGUCCUUUUAUCGGUUUGGACUUGGGCGGAGCCAUCAACAAAAAUGACUCGUCCGAAAAUCGACAAUAUUUUUAUGACAUGGAUGGCGGCAGUCGUAAGCGCCAAAGCGGUGAUAAUAACAGAAGGGAUAAGCGCCCAAGAAUUCCUCAGAUUGAGCAAGAUAAAUGCUGGUUCUGUUUGUCUUCACCCGAUGUGGAAAAACAUCUUAUUAUCACUGUGGGCGAACACUUUUAUCUAGCUCUGGCUAAAGGACCCAUCAACAAACAUCAUGUCAUGAUAUUGUCCACCAAACAUGUGCCCUGCGCUGCUCAACUCAGUCCAGAUGAUUGGGAGGAGCUAAAUAAGUUCAAGGCAGCCUUACGAAAGUUCUUCAAAACCUUGGGACAAGUUGUGUGCUUUACUGAGCGGCAUUACAAGUCUGUUCACCUGCAGAUCAAUGCACUUGGCUUUGAAGAAGGCUAUGCCUGGAAGAUAAAACAUAGUUUUGAGGACAAGGCGGAGGAAUUCAAUCUGGAAUUCGAGACCUUGCCGGCAUUGGAUUCUGAAAAAAUGCUACCGGAAAUGGGACCAUAUUUCCUGGCUGAGUUGCCCGACGAUAGCACUCUUAUAACGCGGCAAAUGAAACAUUUUCCCAUUCACUUUGCCAGGGACGUAUUCUGUUCUGAAAAUCUACUGAACUGCGAUGAGAAAGUCAACUGGAAGGAUUGCCUGCUCGACAAGGAAGAAGAAAUUUCGUAUGUUGAAGAUUUCCGAAAGGCCUUUGCACCUUUUGAUUUUACAGACGAUUAAACAAAAUAUGCUUUAUGUAUGUAUAGUAAAAAUUUCAUUUCGGUUGUAUUUGCUGAGCCCAUGCUAACAGUUCAUCAAUAUAAAUGCUUAAACUACA